AGAAAUAUCGGUGUUGACAUCGGACGCGCUGGGCUUCUGUGUUGAUCGAAUUUUUAUGCUGUGCUAAUGUGCAAUGGAUGAUCUGCAAACAUCGUUCGAUGUUGUCAUCGUCGGAACAGGGUUUUCCGAAUCAAUUGCGGCAGCAGCCUGCAGUAGGAUUGGAAAACAGGUUCUUCAUCUUGAUCGAAAUACGUACUAUGGUGAUUCGUGGGCAACUUUCAACUGGGCGAGCUUGCAAGAAUGGUUACAAGUUGUCACCAGGAAGGAAGAAAUCGUCCGGCAAGAUCAUCCUGAAAAUGAUGAUGUGCUGAAAGUUUCUUUUCGUCCUAUUUUUCAUCACGUUGAGCAAGAAUAUUUUAUCCCACAUGACAUUGAAGUGGAAUGUGGUGGUGAUAAUGCCGAUAGACCGGAAGAUGAUGUUCGAGCGGACGCCAAUCCUGAAGGCGACGUCCCCGUUGCUGAGGCAGCAAACCAUUCAGCAGCGCCACGAACUACUGCCUGGAGCAAAAGAAGGAUCGAAGAGCAGGGGAGACGAUUCAACGUAGAACUAGCACCGAAGGUGGUUUACUCAAGUGGCAGUCUGGUAGAAAUGCUGAUCCAUUCGAAUGUUAGUCGAUACCUGGAAUUCAAAUGUAUCACGCGGAUCCUGACGAAGAAGGACGGAGAUCUAGUUGUCGUGCCAUGUUCUCGUGCGGAUGUAUUUGCCUCUCGUGGAGUAUCUGUCAUAGAGAAGCGUAUGUUGAUGAAGUUGAUGCAUUUUGUGUCAGAAGCGCAAAAAAAUCCGGAUUACCGCCGAGAAUUCGAAGGAAAAAGUUUCAUCGAUUUCCUUCGAAGCCAUUCGCUGACGGAUAAUUUGCUUCAUUUCGUGAUUCACUCCAUUGCCAUGGUUGAUCCGGAAUGCCCCGCCGAGCAGGGUAUUUCUUCAGUUCAGAAGUUCAUCAAUAGUCUGGGACGUUUUGGAAAUUCCCCAUUUUUAUGGCCAAUGUAUGGAAGUGGUGAGAUUCCGCAAGCUUUCUCAAGAUUGUGUGCAGUUUUCGGUGGAACAUAUUUUCUUCAGCGGGCUGUAGAAGGCAUUGAGCUCAGCAAAGAUGAAAAUCAUGUGGUGCAAGCUGUGAUCUCAAGGGAUACUCGCAUUGAGUGUCAAAAAGUCAUCCUUUGUUCAAGUUAUGUGCCAUGCAAAUGGAGAUCCCGUGGAGUCAAAAGAUCUGUCUCUCGACUCGUGCUGCUCACUGAUAGAUCCAUCAAAACAUCCGUCACUCCGGAAGUGACGCUCAUGCGCAUACCUGGAUCAGGAACUCGUGCAUCAGUCACUUUGUUGGAACUGGGACCAGGUUCAAAUGCUACACCGGAAGGCUUGUACAUUGUUCACUUAACAUGUUUGCUGGCUGAGGAUCCAAAGGAAGAUAUGAAAUCAAUCGUGGAAGAAUUCUUCGUUUACAAUGGUGAAGUUGUUGAUGAUCGUCGUUCGAAUUGUCCCCGCAUCCUUUGGAGCCUUCAUUUUGCUGUGGAUGACUUCACGUUUCCGUUGACGGAAAAUGCCAACAUUUUUGUACUCCCUGGCCCGGGAGAUUCCUAUGAUUUUGAAGAACAUGCCGUCAAGGCAAAGGAAAUCUUCCAGAGAAUGUUCCCUAAUGAAGAAUUUCUUCCACGAGCUCCUGAUCCGGAUGAAAUUGUAAUUGGAGGAGAUGAUGCGCCGCCUGUUGUAACGAAUACUGAUGACCUUGCUGACCAGGAGCAAGCUAUCACACCUAAUGAUUUGGAAGCUGCCAUGGAAGAACACGAGGAAGAGAUGUCGAUUUACGCGUCGUUAGGAAUGCUGAAGGAUGCUGCUGUUGCGCAGCGGAACAUUGGAGAGGUUAAUGCUUUGAUGGACAAGCACGAUGAGAAUAUAUCAUGCCAAAGGAAGUACCUUCAAAUGACUAUGGACCUGAAUGACUCUGUGGAAAUCCAGCGAGCACACACGAUGCUGGGUCAAGCAUACAUUGACCGUGUCUCCUAUAUAUUUGAGAAACGUUUGGAGCAUCGGCUUGCCGUUGAUGAGGAUCUACGUGAAGCCCUUGUUGCUCUUAUGGAAAGCAGGGAUGAUGUGAAGACAAUCGUUAAGAAAGGAGCAGCGUUAAGCAGCAAUGAAACUUCCAUUAUGCUGUGUAGAGCGAACGUCAACCUAGGGAUAGUCCACUUGUUUAAAGGCGAGUUUUCUUGUCGUAUUCCUGUCUCGAAAUCCUUCCGGUCAUCGCUGAUCGCUGAACUCCAAAAAGCAGAAGAGUAUUUCAGAGAAGCUGUGAAAAUUGCAGCGACGAAUAUGCUACCAUCGGAUCACAUUCGAGCCCUAAUGAAUAUGGUCGACUUGGAGUAUCGUGCAAAGAGGUAUGAGGCUGCCUUAAAGUAUGCCGAGGAAGUUGCUUCUCUUGACACAAAACUGGAAUUAGCCGAAGUCUAUUGCCACUGGCUUCCGAAAUUGAAUUUGAACUUGGAGCGUUGUAAGGAGGCGAAACAUCACUUCAUCAAGUAUUCACUUCAUGCAUUGCGAGCAAAUAAGCUCAACGAUUCGGCAAAGAUAGAAAUGGCGAAGAGUUUGACUACGUUGAAGCGGAUUUGUAAAAAUAGUAAAGAACUGAAGAUGAAUGGUUGCAAUCGAGCAAAGGUGUAUGAACAGCUGGGGGAUGAUUGUUGCGAAAUGAAUACCUUUGAGAUCGCACUGAUUUACUACCAGAAAGCUCUCAAACUUCUUGUUGAAGGAGGUGCUUCAAGUAAAGCCCUUGCGCCGCUUUAUCAGUCUCUUGCACAGACCUGCUGCGAUCUACGGAAUUACAACGAAGGAAUCGAUUAUUAUACCAAAGAACUUGAGUGCUAUGAACCCGAAGAAUUCAAGAAUCGUGCGGAUACACUUCUUUCAAUGGCAGAAGCUGAAGAAAAGGCUCGGAAGGCUGUGUCAAUUGUUAGGCAGCGUUAUGAGAGGGCAAUAGGUGACGCUCGUAAAGCCGGAGACAGCUUCAUUCUGAAAGUCAUGCUUGAAAAGUUAGUGGAGUUCCUUCAGUUUAAUGGCCUCUCAGUUGAGUCCGAAGAACGUUUGGAUGAGAUCAAACAGAUUCCUGCUUCAUCAACAGAUUAUGACGAAGAAAACCGGGAAGCAGAGUCUGAUUCAGAGACAUUAGAAUCCUUGGAAGACAUGCUUAAGAAAUAUGAAGCUUUAUAUCCUGUCAAUAAACCGCGUCAGGAAACCAGGGUGAGAAAAACGCCUCAGGCUAGCACCAACGACAGGGGAGAAACUCCUUUGCACCAAGCUGCCAUUACCAAUGAUGCCUUGUCCGCACGCGUACUUGCAACGAAACCAUCAAUUGUGAAUGCCCGAGAUUAUUCAAACUACACUCCGUUACAUGAUGCUGCUGUUAGGGGCCAUGAUGAGAUUGUGAAAAUACUGCUGGAGAACAAAGCUGAGGUUGAUGCUCGUGGUGGCGUGUACAAUGGUACUGCCCUGAUGGAAGCAGCAUCUGAUGGAAGGGAGUCAACGGUGGAGUUGCUACUAGCACAUGGAGCUGACCCUUGCCUUCGAGAUGCAUCGGGCAACACGCCUUUGGAAAUUUUCUGGAUCUACAAUUACGAUGAAUUGCACAAAAAGAUCCCAAACAUGCUGGCGAACGCGAUGAAAGCGAAAGGUUUCAACCAAGUGCCUGUCAGACCUCGUAGAAAGCCUACAAUUCCGGAACCUCCAAAUUUUGAAAGCAUUGAUAGAAAUUGUUGCCGAGAGCCAGACGAAGUUGACCUCAGUCCUGACGAAGCAACGCAACGCAUCAAAUCUUUCUCAGCAACUCAGGGAUCUCCUGACCGAUCAAGUCCGAUUGUUGAUGAUGACGUUGGAUUUUUCACAAAGAAAAAUCGAAGGAAUGCAGUUUCUCAGGGUCUCCACGAAUGUGAUGAAGUCUCUUUCUCUAGACGUCUUCACGGAACGAAUCUUCCUCUUAAGCGAGUCAGGAGUCCCAGUAAGAGUACGCAACAGCCUGCUUGGAAACGUACGCAGCUAUCAGUCGUACCUCAGUCUAGUGCAAAAGCGAGUUAUCAAGCGAGAAUCGCUGUUGGGGUAGUAAGUCCACGCUUGAACAGCCCUGAGCCUGUCCCAGAAGGAAGUCCUGUCACAUAUGAAGAUAAUAUCACCGAGAAAAGUUCCGGUUCAAGCAGCAUUUCUAUUUCGGGGUUCUCUUCAAGUCUUACGCCAAGGUCAUGUUUAUUGAAGGACUACGUGACGAUUCAGAUCCUGGAAACGAACGUCCCAGUGAAAAUAUUGCCUGAUGAAACAUCGCGGAAUUUGAUCGAGCGUGUGGCAAAACUUUAUGAAAAUAAUUACGGAAGAAAAAUCGUAAUCGAGCGGUUUGCUCGACACGAUAACCUUGUUCUUCCAUUGGACGAAGUUUUGAGCGAUUUUGUCAAACCCGAAGAUAUGAUUGUUGCCGUCGUAAAAGAGGUCGACAUGGUGUCUGAUGUCAAAGUCAAGCUUGGAGUUGACGUGUCUGGCGAGGAUGUUGCCCGUGGUUUGCUCAAUUUGAGUUAUCAGUGUUUGGAGCCAGGGGUCGUCAAUUGUUUGACCGAGGUGUUGAAAAGUUUCAGCCAUUUAACAACUCUUAAUGUCUCUGGGAAUCUCCUUGGAGACUCUGCAUUUGAGUUCAUUGCAAGAGGAGCAAGUGUACUUCAGCUGAAAAUUUUAGACGCAUCCUGCAACAACAUUUCUCCUCUUGGUUUGAAAGUUCUUGGACAGCAGUUGCAAGCAGACUCGAAAUGUUUUCAAGCGCUGGAAGAGAUUAUUCUCUCAUUCAACCCUUUGCUUGAUGCGGGGGCCGAUUUUCUUGCCACGCUCGUCUCCCACUGCCAAAAUCUCAGAUACCUUCAUUGUCGGGAUGUUGACUUUACCACUUCUGCAUUCGAGCCAAAUCGUUCUCUUGCGAAGGCUUUGAAAUCAAGAGAAUUGUUUUUUGUGGAUUUUAGUGGAAACCUUCUGUGCUCGAACGAUAAUUUUUUUGAAUCUCUGAAUGUAAAAAGGCUGAACACGCUGGUAAUCAACGGUAUUGCUGAUUCUGCUGGUAAUGAAGCAGACGUUUUUUGUCGCGGUCUUGCCAACGUUUUGCGAUCGGCUAGGAUUCUGCAAGUGUGUAGUUUCUGUGACAAUGGACUAACCGACGAGGUAUUUUGCAAUGUGAUGGAAUCAGUUGAUUGUGUCUCCGGCAUCACAUUUGAAGCAAGUGGAAACCCUAUUGACCAAGAAGGUUUGAGAAUAAUGAUGAAACUUGGAGCAGGCAGUGUUUCGUUAGCUUGUUCGCAGGUUUCUUGUUUGUUCAACAAGUGUAGCAUUAAUGUUACCGAUGUGGAAGAGCUGGCUACCCUCCUUAACGAAUUUCUUCGUUGUCGGGUGAUUUUCGACCGAGUAUCUCGGGACUUCGUAUUUCGUUGGGAUAUCGUGUGCUCAACUCUUGGCAUUCCAAUUCGGUUUAUUACAAAUAUGGAUAAGCAUCGUCCGGCUUGCAAGUUCGGUUCCCUGUGCUAUCGGAAAAACGAGCAGCAUUUCAAAGAUUUUUAUCACCCCAGUGAAAAAGGAAAAAAGAUAGCUGCACCGAAAGCGGAAGAAAAGGAAAAAGUUCAAGCUGAACCAAAACUGGUUUUAAUGCCCCAUAUUGAACCUGCUGCACAUGAAAUUAGCGGGUCGGAAAGCGAUUCUUCAUCAGGCGAGGACCAACCGCUUUCGAAACGACCACGGAAGGACUCCGGUGUUCUGGAAGUCGAGGAUAGCAUGCCCGAAGAACAGCCGAAGACUGAAGAAACUGAUCUCGACGAAGAUGAACUCAAGGUUUCCAAAGAUCCGAAAACUGCUAUCAAGGAAAUGUUCCUAGUCGAAAUGACCGAUGACUUCAGCUCGUUCUGGGAUUUCUUGAAUGAAACCGAUCACGGAUCAGAUGUUUUCAAGAUGGCUGGGCUUCAUCUGGUGGGUCCGUUUGAGGUCAUGGCGGGGAAAUUUGAAGGGACAUACUCUCGAAAAAAGCUUUUGAGGCACUGGCGAUUUUAUUACGACCCUCCAGAAUUCCAGGUGACAUUUUUAGUUGAAGAGAGGACUGGCUGGCACAUGGGGUAUUGGCGAGACGAUCCUGGCCAGAAACCUGCUUUUGUCGCGGAAAACGACGCAUUGAAAGAUGGAACUUUCAAGCGAAGUGAAGCAAAUAUAUUCGGCGCGAUUUCAUUGAAGCUUACGAAAGUUGCGAUGGAAUUAGAUCCGUUCAAGAAGCCGAAAAUUGAUUCCUUCCUGAAAGCGAUGAAGACUUACGCGGAGAAGAGGAAUAUUCCUCUGAAAACGGAUUUUCCUAAGAAUCCUGCGAAAAGAAGAGGAUCAAUUGCUGAUCCUUUUCACGGACUAGGUCUUGUUGUUCCGUAUAAUGCGAAAACGGAACUGGGGUAUCGAGAGAUUCCGGAAACGACGAGGGGCUUGAAGAAACUGUUCGCUCGGGCCGUAACGUGUGAUGAUGAAGAUCGAAAUGCUGCCAUGGAGCCUAUUGAUGAACUCGUGACGAACGUCCAGUUUGCAAAUGAUGAGGGUGACCCUGGAAUGGGUCUCGAGCUGGGGCUCAAUGCGUUCACUUUCGGUGGAAACAAACUUCAUGGGAUCUGCAAAUCUGUUCUUGGGAUUGCGUACAUGCUUCUUGGACGCCAUGAAUUCAAAGCGAUUCUUGAGUUUCGAAUGGACGUGAUCCUGAAUUGCCAUAACUCGUUAAAUUCCUUGCGACACUUCCUGCCUGUCAAUCUCCGCCGGGGCGAAGUGCCUCUCAUCGCGGUGUGCCGCGAUAUUUCGUGGUCCCCCAACCGAAGGAAAACAGGCUCCAGACUCGUCCACGCGUGGUGCAUCGCCCCGCUAUAUAGCACCACUGAUGAGUCCUGUGCGCCGCCAGGUGUUCGGCACGUCCGGAAAAACGUGAUCGGGCACCCUGCUGCAGUUCCGCCGGAGGGAGCUUGA